CGAAGCUGGAGCCCGAGCUUUGGGAUCGGGGACAAUCCUGACGUCAUGGACUUUCACUCCGCUCGCCUUGAAACAAAGUAUCUGGGAGAGUGCAGCGGGUGAGAAUGGAACGCGUGAAUCCAUAGGAAUAACAAGAGAGAAAACUGACUAAAAAACUUAAAAAAAACUCCACAAACUAAACAUGGAAGCGUUUAGGAUUGGUGUCCUGCUGAUCAUCUCUCCGAUUCUAAAUGUUGGGACUCAGUUCGUACCAGCGCAAAUGGGACACGCAGAGAAGGGUGGUUGCACAUUCGAUGAGAGUCCUGCCCAGUGCGACUACCAACAGGACCCCUACGACGAUUUUGAUUGGACGCACGUCAGCGCACAAGAAGUACCCUACUUGUCAUCUGACCUGCCCCAAGGCUCCUACAUGAUGGUGGACUCCUCCCAACACGAUGCAGGCGAGAAGGCUCGCUUCCAGCUGCCCGUCAUGAAGGAGAACGACACCCACUGCAUCGACUUCAACUACCUGCUGUUCAGCCCCGACGGCUCGGCCCCCGGGACCCUCAACAUCCUGGUGAAGGUCAACAAGGGCCCGGUGGCCAACCCUAUCUGGAACAUCACCUCCUACAGCAAGGACUGGCUCCGCGCUGAACUCGCUGUCUCCACCUUCUGGCCCAACGAGUACCAGGUCAUCUUUGAGGCGGAGGUGUCUGAUGGCAAGGCUGGCUUCAUAGCAGUUGAUGACAUCCAGGUCCUUAGCUAUCCCUGUGACAAAUCACCUCAUUUCCUGCGUCUGGGGGACGUGGAAGUCAACGCGGGCCAGAAUGCCACCUUCCAGUGCAUCGCUACUGGCAGAGACACCACGAACAACAAGCUCUGGCUGCAGCGGAGGAAUGGAGAGGAUAUCCCAGUGGCCCAGACCAAGAACAUCAACCACAGACGAUUCGCUGCCUCGUUCAUUCUCAAGGAAGUCACCAAUCAGGAUCAAGACCUCUAUCGCUGUGUCACCCAAUCAGGAAGAGGCUCUGGCGUGUCCAACUUUGCCGGGCUCCUUGUCAGAGAGCCCCCGCGGCCCAUAGCCCCACCCCAGUUGCUAGGCGUUGGCCCCACCUACCUGCUGAUCCAGCUGAACGCCAACUCAAUCUUUGGCGACGGACCAAUCAUCUUGAAAGAGGUGCAGUACAGGAUGACGUCAGGCAGCUGGACAGAGACACACGCUGUCAACUCCCCCAACUACAAACUGUGGCACCUGGACCCAGACACAGAGUAUGAGAUCAGGGUUCUGCUGACCAGACCCAAAGAAGGGGGCACCGGCAUGCCUGGGCCCCCCCUUAUCACCAGGACCAAGUGUGCAGAGCCCAUGCGAACCCCUAAGAGCCUGAAGAUAGCUGAGACGCAGGCUCGCUUCAUCGCUGUGGACUGGGAGUCUCUGGGUUACAACAUCACACGUUGCCACACCUUCAACGUCACCAUCUGCUACCACUACCACAGCGCCCUCAACCAGAGCAGGGCUGACUGCCUGGACAUGGACCCCAAGGCCCCCCGCCACGUGGUGGCCGGCCUGCCUCCCAACACCAACGUCAGCCUGAAGAUGAUCCUCACCAACCCGGAGGGCCGCAAGGAGAGCGACGAGACCGUCAUCCAGACGGACGAGGACGUGCCGGGCCCGGUCCCGAGCCGCUCCCUGAGAGCCACGCCUUUUGAAGACAAGAUCUUCCUCUACUGGAAGGACCCUCUGGAGCCCAACGGGGUCCUCACCCAGUAUGAGAUCAGCUACUGUGGGGUGCGUUCGUUCGACCCCUCAGUGUCUCUGCUGCGCCCCCCGCUGGUGGUGUCCCUGCCCUGCAACUCCUCCCACCACCUGUUCUCCCAGCUCCACCCAGGCACCACCUACCAGUUCCUCAUCAGAGCCUCCACUUCCAAGGGUUUCGGACCGCCAGCCACACUCAACGUCACCACCAACAUCUCAGCUCCUACCUUGGAGGAGUAUGACGGGAUGGAGGCGUUCCUGAACGAGACAGCUACCACCAUCACCGUGCUGCUGAAGCCUGCACAGGCCAAGGGAGCGCCAAUCAGUGCCUAUCAGAUCGUGGUUGAAGAGCUGAACCCCCACAGGACUCGGCGGGAGGCCAGCGCAGACUGCUACCAGGUGCCCGUAUCUUUCCACAGCGCCUCUAGUGGCGGCUCCCCGUACUACUACGCCGCAGAGCUACCCCCAGGGAACCUUCCGGAGCCCUCACCCUUCACCGUGGGGGACAACAAGACCUACCAGGGCUUCUGGAACGCCCCGCUGGCCCCCAGGAAGAACUACAACAUCUACUUCCAGGCCGUCAGCAGUGUGGAAAAGGAGACAAAGACUCAAUGUUUGAGACUAGCUACUAAAGGUGCGACCGAGGAGCCGGAGGUGGUCCCAGACCCGGCCAAGCAGACGGACCGCGUGGUGAAGAUCGCUGGGAUCAGCGCUGGCGUGCUCGUCUUCAUCCUGCUGGUGCUCGUAGCCAUCCUGCUGGUCAAGAAGAGGAGGAGCUACUAUUCUUACUCUUAUUACCUAAAACUGGCAAAGAAGCGUAAGGACGCCAUUGGGACGACCAGGCAGGAGAUGACUCACAUGGUGAACGCCAUGGACCGCAGCUACGCUGACCAGACCACGCUGCACACUGAAGACCCCAUGUCCGUCACCUUCAUGGACUCUCACAACUUCACCAACAGAUUGCCUAACGACCCCCUGGUUCCCACGGCUGUGCUAGAUGAGAACCACACGGCGUCCGUGUCAGCAGAGUCCAGUCGCCUGCUGGACGUCCCCCGGUACCACUGCGAGGGCACCGAGUCCCCCUACCAGACAGGGCAGCUCCACCCAGCCAUCCGUGUGGCCGACCUGCUGCAGCACAUCAACCUGAUGAAGACCUCCGACAGCUACGGCUUCAAGGAGGAGUACGAGAGUUUUUUUGAGGGCCAGUCCGCCUCUUGGGACGUUGCUAAGAAAGAACAGAACAGAACCAAGAACCGCUAUGGCAACAUCAUUGCAUACGAUCAUUCUAGAGUGAUCCUGCAAGCGAUGGAGGAUGAUCCAUCGUCUGAUUACAUCAACGCCAACUACAUAGACAUUUGGCUGUACAGGGAUGGUUAUCAACGGCCCAGCCACUACAUCGCUACGCAAGGUCCGGUCCAUGAGACCGUGUAUGACUUCUGGAGGAUGGUCUGGCAGGAGCAGUCUGCCUGUAUCGUCAUGGUGACCAAUCUGGUGGAGGUGGGGCGGGUGAAGUGCUAUAAGUACUGGCCCGAUGAUGCCGAGGUGUAUGGCGACUUCAAGGUCACCUUUGUGGAGGUGGAACCUCUGGCCGAGUACGUUGUGAGGACCUUCACUCUGGAGCGGAGAGGUUUUAACGAGCUUCGGGAGGUGAAGCAGUUCCACUUCACCGGCUGGCCUGACCACGGAGUUCCAUAUCACGCCACCGGCCUGCUGUCCUUCAUCCGCAGGGUCAAGAUCUCCAACCCUCCCAGCGCAGGGCCCAUCGUGGUCCACUGCAGCGCUGGAGCUGGACGAACAGGAUGUUACAUCGUGAUUGACAUCAUGCUGGACAUGGCGGAGAGAGAGGGCGUGGUGGACAUCUAUAACUGUGUCAAAGCCCUGCGCUCCCGACGCAUCAACAUGGUACAGACAGAGGAGCAGUACAUCUUCAUCCACGACGCCAUCCUGGAGGCGUGUCUCUGUGGGGAGACGGCCAUCCCGGCCUGCGAGUUCAAAGCUGCGUACUAUGACAUGAUCCGCAUAGACACCCAGAGCAACUCCUCCCACCUCAAAGACGAGUUCCAGACCCUGAACUCCGUCACCCCGCAGCCGCAGCCGGAGGACUGCAGCAUCGCACUGCUCCCCAGGAACCACGACAAGAACCGCUUUAUGGACACCCUGCCCCCUGACCGCUGCCUGCCCUUCCUCAUCACCAUCGACGGGGAGAGCUCCAACUACAUCAACGCUGCCCUCAUGGAUAGCUACAGGCAGCCAGCUGCGUUCAUCGUUACCCAGCAUCCAUUGCCCAACACCGUAAAGGACUUCUGGCGUCUGGUGUAUGACUACGGGUGCACAUCACUGGUGAUGCUCAAUGAGAUCGACCUGGCACAGGGCUGUCCCCAGUACUGGCCUGAGGAGGGCAUGCUGCGCUACGGGCCCGUCCAGGUGGAGUGCAUGUCCUGCUCCAUGGACUGUGAUGUCAUCAGUCGCCUCUUCAGGAUAUGUAACUUGACCCGGCCUCAGGAGGGUUACCUUAUGGUGCGUCAGUUCCAGUACCUGGGCUGGGCCGGACAUAGGGAGGUGCCCGGGUCCAAACGCUCCUUCCUCAAACUCAUCCUGCAGGUGGACAAGUGGCAACAGGAGUGUGAGGAGGGAGAGGGCCGCACCAUCAUACACUGCCUGAACGGAGGCGGUCGUAGUGGUAUGUUCUGUGCUGCCAGCAUCGUGUGUGAGAUGAUCAAGCGUCAGAAUGUGGUGGACGUGUUCCAUGCUGUGAAGAGCCUGAGAAACAGCAAACCCAACAUGGUGGACACCCCGGAGCAGUACCGCUUCUGUUAUGACCUGGCCCUGGAGUUCAUGGAGACGUCCUAACCAGGGGGCGCCACUGAGCCCAGGAGGCCAGGACCCCCACCAAGAUGAAAGGAUGAAAGGAUAUAUACUGACAAAACCAGGAGGAGGAGGAAGGGAGUAAGACGCUGACGAUGAAGAUGAAGAAGAGGGUUUGAAGAGAGUAUGUGUGAUGUUCUCCAUUGUACUUCUCUGUGUUCAGUGCCACAGCAGCAGCAGCAGCAGCCUGCCUCAGUCUGCUUCCUGUUCCGCAGAUUCACAUCUGUUCUUGUGCAGACAUUUGUAAGACUGACACUACUGCCAAGGUGUUGCAUGCUAUACUGUUAUUUUGUAUUUUUUUGUUUGUUUUUGUUUUCUAUAUUUGCAGCAUUGUCAACAGACAAGUUUAUAUCUAUAUCUAUAGAAGUCAGUCGAAAUGUGAACGAAAAAAAGAAAUGCACUGGCCAUGGAUGGAGGUGCUCCCAUGUGACCGUGGCUUCUGAUCAUGUUUUUAUCAUGCACUGGCGACAGCUUGCUCACCAUGUUUUAGUUUUGUAGCAAAUGUUUAAUCAUAAGCCAAAGACUUAUGUAAAUAUGUCUAUAUGGAAAAAAAGCACAUUGUUUGUAUUUAUUGUUUACUUGCAUUCCUUUUUGAAGGCUAAAAACAAUCAUCUUCAUUGCGUGUUAUUUACUAUAACUUUGAACCGUACACAUUUAAUGUAGUUUUUAAGUAUUAGACUGAGCUCAGUAAUAUCUUUAUUUUUUUCUUCUCUGUGAUGUGCCAGUGGUUCCUUUGUGUAAAAGCUUGUGUAUUCUGGCCAUGCAGUUAGGAUAUCAGAGCCCACCAGGCCAUAGUGAGAGAGCUCUAUUUUUCUCUGGCAAUGUCAUGCUCAGCUGUUUUUGGUGUCUUAGAAGAUCAAAGAUUGAGGUUCCAGACAGGAAGUGAUGUCAGUGUUCAGAAAGUUGGAAUGUUAGCCAACAGGUAGGCAGGCAGACAGACAAAUUAUCUCUAGUUAUAGUGAUUAUAGAAGAGGACACACAGGAAGUGGAAACCCUGGUAACAGGAAACUGUAGUGUAUAUGUGAAGUUAAUUCAUGGUCCAUAUUGUUUGUCUGUAACUGUUGGCUUAUUGGCUGUAAUAAACAAGGCAACUCUUUGAAUAAAACAAGGUUGACAGA